GUGGAGAGCUCAUGGCCUUCGUAUGUGAAGCAGAUCAUUUUCUGGAUCUUCUGCGGUUUCGGCUUCAGCGCUUUCGUCUUUGUGAAUGCAGUGGGGUCAGCGGCCGCCAGCUGGAGCUAUGGAUAUUUCCUGGAGUACAUGCUGUCGGUCGACAAUCUCUUCGUAUUCCAGCUGGUUUUCAAAGCCUAUGCCACUCCCGAAGGGCUCCACAUCGAACGUGCACUCUUCUGGGGGAUCUCUGCCGCCAUCCUCUUGCGCUUGGCGUUUUUCGGGCUUGGCACCAGCCUGUUGGCCAUGGGUUUCUUUGCCAAGUUGGCCUUUGGCCUUCUGCUCAUCUACUCCGGAAUCAAGGCAUUUUGGGAUGAUGACGAUGAAGCGGAUCCCAGCAAGAACCUCUUGGUACGCUGUGUGGCUCGACACCUGCCCCUCCAUGACAAGUAUUCGGAGGAGCCGCGUUUCUUCGUGCGGGUGAAGGUUGAGGGCCUGGAAAGUGCUGCAGAACCAGCACGGGAGGGGGCGAAGAUUAUUGGAAAGAGCAAAGAUGAGGUGGAAUUGCAUGGCAUGAUGGACGUUGAUGACCCGCAGCAUCCUGCUGCCAGUAGCCUCAAGGUCACCCCACUCUUCCUGGUGGUGUUGACGCUGGCCUUCAUCGACGUCAUCUUCGCAGUCGACAGCGUCACGGCCAAGGUGUCCUCGGUGCAUGGCUUUGAUCCCAGAGUCAGUUUUUUCCUGAAUCUCUCCUCAAGCGCUUUUGCCAUGUUUGUGCUGCGAAGCCUUUACCUCGUCGUCGAUAUGCUGACGCAGUCCUUCCGAUUCCUAAAGUAUGGGGUUGGGAUCGUGUUGGUCUUCAUUGGCAUCAAACUCAUCAUCUCUGGUUGGUAUGAGGUGAGCAUGACACUUUCUUCGUUGCUGAUUGUGGGCUUUCUGCUGUGUUCGAUCGUGGCAUCGUGCCUCCCUUGCUGCAAAGAGGAGGAUGUGGAGGAUGUUGAGCUGGACGAAGCACAGCCACAAGAGGUGGACGGAGAGGUUUUCGUUAUUGAAGACCUGGAAGAGCCAACGAGCUGUACCUACCAAUGGACGGAGUGCGCGCAGUUCUGCUUGUCAUGGCCUCAGAAGGAAUUUGAGGCAGUUUUUGGUGCUGCUCGCUGCCUUGAGACGAUCAUUCUUCCAGAAGGUGAACGGAACUCGGAAGAGGAUCGAACCCAGCUGCUGGCGAGCAUGAUGCAGGGAACCACGGCGAUCCUGGCGUCCAAGAUGGGUCUGCAGGAUCAUGGCUGCUACCACGAGCUGUGCCGCCUGCUGGGGAAGAUCAACGCAACUCACCAGCUGAAUGAGCUCUGUGCCAAUGAGCAGUUCCAAGCUUGGAUUGAGCAGGUCUAUGGCUUCACCAUGGAUAGCCUGCGCAGAUGGGAGGUCAUGCCCAACUCCAAGCACUACCUCUUGGGCUUCUGGGCUGCCAUGGUAAGCCCGGUGAUUCUGCUUCAGGAAAAGGCGCCGAAAGCCCUGGAAAGCUUCAUCCAGCAGGUCACCGUGGCCUACGUGGAGUCGCGGCUCUUCAUGGCCGAAGCCUCGGCGGAUCCCAACGCCACCAACGACUGGGACGACCCCUUGGAGGAUGAGGUUCUUCGGGCGGAACAGCUGGAAGUGCUGUCCAACUUGGGUCGAUGUAGGUACCAGGACACUGCUCAGCACAUCAUGAAGCAUUUUGAGGAAACUUCCAGGCUUGGACAGCAGAACCUGAUUCCUCAGCAAGUCUUCGAAAAGAAGAUGACGUGGCUCGUCUACAUGAUGGGUGCGCUGGUGGGUGGCCAUGCAUCAGCCAAGGCCAACCGGACAGACACAGACUGCGCGCCGACGCACGUGGUGAAUGGUGAGUUGGCCGGACGGAUUUUCCGCUUGGUGAACCUCACCGUUCAGCAAAAGCAAACCUGCGAGGGAUUAGAGAUUGCGUACUUGUACUUCUUGGAGCAGUUCCGAAAGUUGUAUAUCGGUGAGCACGCGAAGCAGGUGGUACAGCAGCAGGUGAAUGAGCGCCUGGCUACGGUGCUGGGUCUGGAAGAUGAGAACGCGGUGCUGGGUCUUCUCAUCAACAAGAUUGGAAACAACCUCCAGCAGAGAUAUCAGAUCGAGUCAGUGGUCAAGAAGACACUGGCGCUUUUCCAUGAGCUUGCUGCUGGCAUCAACAUCGUUCAUACAUCAGAUCGCUCUCCGCACCUGAUUGUGUGCGGCCGACUGCUGCUGAAGAACGAAAUGGUGAAGUACAUUCUGAGCAAUCACGCCUCUCCGGAGUUCGGAUUCCUGACUUACAGCUUGCAAUACGGGAAGUACAGAACUAUGUACUAUCACACUCUGGGCAAGCUGCUCUUUAUGGACAUCAGAGACAACAAGGAGGCCUUUGAAAAGUUCAUGGAGCCGCAAGGUCUGAUUCUCACGCAACUCUGGCAGCAGAGCUGCCAAAAUCCACAGUUGCUACGACAGGACCAUGUGAAACCAGCCUUGAUCGGCUUGUGUCGCGACCUGCGCGGUAUCGGCUUAGCCUGUACCAGCUGCGAGCCAUACUCGAUGCUCUUUGAUUGGCUGGUGGACAACCCCAAGAACCCCUCGAUCAAUCGAGUGAAUCUCUUCUCUCGAGCGCUGGAUGCCUGGUGGGAUGAUCCAGAGGUGACAACGCCUUUGUUGAAGUUCAUGGCUGAAUUCGUCCACAACAAGGCUCAGCGAAUCACCUUCGACCAGUCCUCGCCCAACGGCAUUCUUCUUUUCAGAGAAGCCUCCGCCAUUCUGGUGACCUAUGGUACCAGAAUCCUGCAGCGCACGCAGUUCCGUGACGUCUAUGUGGAGAAGUACAAAGGCAUUGGGGUCUGUUCGGGGCCUCAACUUGGAUCAACUCUGAGGCUUUUCACCAAAAUAUGGGGGAUUUCACCAACACAAUUUGGUUAUAGAAUGGGAAUGAAUGGGAUGGAUAACCACUACUCAUAUUGGGUGUGUCUGAAAAUGGGGGUUAUAUCAUGUUAUAUCCCCAAUAGCCAUGGCUAUUGUGGAAGAGAAUGA